CAUACCUUCACAUAACUUGACUAUCCCAAGAUACUGCAUCGAACCGCAGCCAUGACCAUCCCAGAUGAAUAUGACAUUAUCGUCUGCGGUGGUGGAAGCACCGGCUGCGUGGUUGCAGGUCGACUGGCCAACCUCGAUCACAAUCUCCAGGUCCUGUUGAUUGAAGCCGGCGAGGACAACCUCAACAACCCAUGGGUCUACCGCCCGGGAAUUUAUCCCCGGAACAUGAAGCUUGAUUCCAAGACGGCAUCCUUCUACUAUUCUCGACCCUCCGAAUGGCUUGAUGGCCGUCGCGCUGUUGUGCCAUGUGCUCAUAUCCUUGGCGGGGGUAGUUCAAUCAACUUCAUGAUGUACACCCGUGCAUCCGCCUCGGACUACGACGAUUGGGAAUCCACCGGCUGGAAGACCGACGAGCUCUUGCCUCUGAUGAGGAAGCACGAAACAUAUCAGAGGGCUUGCAAUAAUCGCGAUAUUCAUGGCUUUGAGGGGCCCAUCAAGGUCUCAUUCGGUAAUUAUACCUAUCCGAUCAUGCAGGACUUCCUCCGAGCUGCGGAGUCGCAGGAUAUUCCUAUCACCGAUGACUUGCAGGACCUGAAGACUGGCCAUGGUGCUGAGCACUGGCUGAAGUGGAUCAACCGUGAUACGGGACGACGCAGCGACUCUGCUCACGCAUACGUCCACAGUACCCGAUCCCAGUAUUCCAACCUACACCUCAAAUGUAACACCAAGAUCGACAAGGUCAUCAUCGAGAAUGGCCGCGCAGUCGGGGUGGCGACGGUCCCGACCAAACCGUUGGCGGGCCACAACCCGCCACGGCGAGUCUUCAAGGCCCGCAAGCAGAUCAUCGUCUGCGGAGGUACACUCAGCUCCCCGCUCAUCCUGCAGCGAUCGGGAGUCGGUGACCCCGAGAAGCUUCGCCGGGCUGGGGUUGAGCCCCUGGUCAACCUACCGGGCGUGGGCCGCAAUUUUCAGGACCACUACCUGACCUUCUCCGUCUACCGGGCCAAGCCCGACGUCGAGUCCUUUGACGACUUUGUCCGCGGAGACUCCGAAGUCCAGAAGAAAGUCUUCGACGAGUGGAACAUCAAGGGAACUGGUCCGCUGGCGACGAACGGCAUCGAAGCCGGCGUGAAAAUCCGGCCCACCCCCAAGGAACUGGAGGAGAUGAAGACCUGGCCGACCAACGACUUCUACCAGGGCUGGGAGAGUUACUUCAAGAAUAAGCCCGAUAAGCCUGUGAUGCAUUACUCUGUUAUUGCGGGCUGGUUCGGCGACCACUUUCUCCUCCCGCCUGGUAAAUUCUUCACCAUGUUCCACUUCCUGGAAUACCCCUUCUCGCGCGGAUUCACGCACAUCCAGUCGGCCGACCCCUACGAAAGCCCCGACUUCGACGCAGGCUUCAUGAACGACAAACGCGACAUGGCCCCGAUGGUCUGGGGCUACAUCAAAUCCCGAGAAACCGCACGGCGCAUGAACGCCUACGCGGGCGAGGUCACAGGAAUGCAUCCUCACUUCUCCUACGACUCGCCGGCGCGCGCCUUCGAUCUCGACCUCGCCACCACCAAGGCCUACGCUGGUCCCAACCAUCUCAGCGCGGGGAUUCAGCACGGCUCCUGGUCCUCCCCCCUAGCACCCGGCGCCUCGCCAGCAUCCACCUUCCUCAACUCCAACAAGCAAGACACCCGAGAGGAGAUCAAAUAUACGAAGAAGGACAUUGAACAUAUUGAGAAAUGGGUACAACGCCACGUCGAAACAACCUGGCACUCCCUCGGAACCUGCAGCAUGGCCCCCCGCGCCGGCAACCACCUCGCCCCGCAGGGCGGCGUUGUGGACGAACGACUGAACGUCCACGGCGUGCAGGGCCUCAAGGUCGCGGAUCUGUCGAUUUGUCCUGACAAUGUCGGGUGUAAUACCUAUAGUACGGCGCUGCUGAUCGGCGAGAAAUGCGCGGUGUUGACGGCAGAGGAUUUGGGGUACCGUGGAGAGGCGUUGGAGAUGAAGGUGCCGGAGUAUCAUGCGCCGGGGGAGACGAGGGGGUUGUCGAGGUUGUAGGGUUGAUCUCGGCUGGUGGAAU